AUGGUUUGCUGCACACUGCUCACCGCUGCGGCCGGUGCCGGCCUGCUGGCCGGCGCCGCCGCAGACUACGUCCAGCUCCAGGCCACGAAGGUCAAGGGCUCGUGGCCCCAGAACGCGGACGUGCACAAGUUCCCGAUCUACGCAUACUACUCCCGCAGCACCAACGGCUCCGACGCCGCUGCGAACGGCACGGUCGCCGCCGGCGUCUACAACGACAGGGUCUACUACGCCGUCGACCUGGCGCUGGGCUCGGAAGCCCAGAACGUGACUGUGCUAGUGGACACGGUGUCGUCGGACCUCUGGGUGAACUCCGUGGACAACGCCGUCUGCGCCGCCGGCGUGGACUCGCCUUCGAACUUCACCGUCGACUACUCGUACACGGUCUCCGGCGCCUCGCAAAGCAGCCCGGCCCUGUCCUCCACGUCGUCCUCCGCAGCCUCCUCCGCGGCCCCGCUGUCCACAUACUACACCACCUCCUACGACAGCGCCUCGGACGUGUUCUACGUCGACGGCUACGUCUCUACCGUCACCACCACCACCGCCACCGAGCAGACAAGCGCCGUCACCACCAGGUCUUACGACGUCCAGUUCUACCCCUCCGCCGCGGUUGCCUCCUACUCCCAGUGGCUCAGCGCAUACCCUUACCCAACAAAUGCAAUCAACAGCCUCGUCGUCCUAGAGGCAGAACCACACAACUGCUCGGCAUGGGGCUUGUUCGACUCCUCCUCUUCCGAGUCCUUCGUUACCAGCAACGACACCUUCGAGUCCGUUGCCGAAGACGGCACUACCGUCUCAGGUAUCUGGGCGCAGGACAGCGUUGCCUACGGUAACGCUCUCGUCUCCAACGUUUCCUUUGGGCUCGUUUCCAACGCCGAAUCAGACUCCUUCGGUGUCUUGGGUCUCGGACUUCCCUCCGCAGAGUCGACAUGGCUUGCAGAAAAUACAACCUACGACAACUUCCUCGCUAAGCUCAAGGCCCAGGGAGCCAUCCACAAACAGGUCUACGCGAUUUACGACAACUACCUCUCCGGAAACUCCUCUCUCCUCUUUGGUGGUAUCGAUCACGAGGCCCACGUCGGCAACUUGACCAUUCUUCCAUUGGUCGAAGUCCCUAUCGCUUACAAUGACUCCAGAAACGCCUCCGCUAUCGCAAUCACUCUUUCGGCAGUCUACCUUGACGACGAAUCCAACGGUGCCAAUGAUACCUCCCUCAUUGCCUCUGGCUUGGGCGCAGCUAUUAUUGACACCUCCCUCGCUACAGCUUCUUUCCCAUACUAUUUGUAUGACGAGAUUGUCGCUGCUGCAGGUUUCUUCUACUCCGAGAACCUUAAAGCCUUCAUUGCCAAAGCCUCAGACAUUGAAAAUAAGACCCUUGGCUUAGACUUCCAGGGUGUUGAGGUUGACGUUCCGAUCACCGACUUGUCCUUCCCAUUGGUCGACAUCGUCAACAACAAGACCAGCGACUACGUCGUCUUUGGAGCAGAAGCUACCGCUAACGACACCGUCGUCAUUGGUGACGCCGUUCUCCAAUACUUGUACUUUGCUGUCGAUUUAGAAGACCUCGAGAUUGCCGUUGCCCACAAGAACUUCUUCCCAACCUCCCAACAUAUCGUCGCCAUCACCUCCACCUUCCCUCACGCCACAUCUGCUGCAUCAUACAACCAAACUUACGGUUACCACGGCGUCACCGACCUCAAGUUGGCAACCUUUGAAGAUCCAAACUCCAUCUCGCAAACCUCCUUCUCAGGCUCAUUCUUGCCAUCAAUCACCCUCUACCAGACCACCGCAAGAUCUACGACGGUUGCUGAAUCUACGACCUCUCCAGAAGUCACCUCCGCAUCCGCAAAGGCUGCAAAUACCUCCAAGAGCAAGACAAGUAAGAGCAAGACUGCCAAGGCAACGACCACCUCAACUACCAAAAAAUGA